CUCUCCUUCUCUUUUCCUCCCCUAGUCCCUUUCCCUCCCCCUCUUCCUGUAACACAAAUCUGGAUCAGUUGCAUUUUCAGACACAGCUCAUCCUCGUCACCCUGCUCACACAUCAGGAGAUUCUCUGGAAGAAACUCACCCUGCUUCCUCUACCUCAAUCUUACUAAUCUUUAACACCUCACAACAAUUUUCAUUGAAUAACUUCCUCUCUUUUCAUAGCCCUCAACUGGCUGAAAACUUUCUCCGUUCUUUUGGGUGUACAGAAAUGUUUUAUUGUGUUUUCUUCCUUUCUGCUUUGGGCACCACAAACUAAACACAUAUUCCAACAGUUCCUCUACUAAUAGGAAACUAAUAAACUGUUCUAUCCCGAGCACACUACCGGUACAUUACUGUUCUCAAUAUUCUAUCCUAUUCCCUGUUUUACUUUUUCUCCGUUAUCUGUCAAUCUGUCGGCGUAGCCCCUGCCUGGGGAUGAGUGAACGAGAGGGAGACGAGAGCUCCAAUGGCUUUUCUCUGGAUAAAGAAUUCCUUCGUUCAUUGAAAGGGAAGCUUUUGCUAGCAGAGCUGGUCCUCUGCUUUGUGAUAUUUAUUUGUUUUGCUGCAUCCAUAUCCUCCUAUUUGGCGGCACCACUGAUUGAGCUCAUCAUCACCCUAAUUUUCCUCAUCCUAUACUCAAGUCAUUACAAUGAACGCCUCGCCGCACUCAACUGGCCUUGCACGGAUUUCCUGCGCUGUGUGUCUGCUGCUGUCAUUUUUCUGGUAGUCUCCAUUGUGGCUGCAGCCCGGAGUUCAGGAGAUGGGGGGGCUAUUACUGCAGCUCUCUUUGGCUUCAUAUUGGUUGGUGUGUUCGCUUAUGACGCAUACAGCAUAUACAAAACGGAGAUUAUCGACAAAUCAGCAGAGAGAGGUGCUGCUGAUGUGUGAGGACCAUGCACCAAGACUAAUAUCAGACUCUGGAAUAUGACCUGGGCAUUUUAAUUUUGUGUGGUUCAUUUUUAAACCAUAAUGAAUUUAAACCUUGUCACAUCUUAAACUUAUUCUAGAUUCCCAGUAUAUAUGUUUUACACUCCCGUGAUGAGCCAAAACAACUAAAGCAAUUUGUUACAAAGAGCAAUACAAUGUUUAGGUUAUAUAAAUGUGUACCUAAUAAAACGUGUGAUUCUUCUGUAUAUAA